CCGAACGCUCCCGGAGCCUGACUCCGACCUGUUCACCACUAUCGCCUGGCGGCGAGCAGCUCUCCUCGGGAAAGGCUGCGGGAGUCUAAGGGAAGAGACCAGUGCGUCGGAAUUCAGACUGGGAGCAAACGAAAGGCCGCAGCAUGGAGCCCGAUCUGAAGAAACCUCCCUUGGCACCAAAGCCCAGGCCCUCGGAUUCACAGCCCUUAGUCACUGUUCCAACGGUUCCUCUGCUUCUACUAUCUGCUCCCAAGGCCCUGAAGCCACCAAUUGCUCCAAAACCAAACCUUUACAAUGAAGCGCCAGAGGCAAACCUGAAUGCGCGGAAGGGGAUUUUAAGCACAUACUCUAACGGGAGCGUUUUGGUAACCAAUCCUGUCCUGGCUAAGGGGGUUGAAGACCCAACUUAUAAAAGUUUGGGUCAGACAAGAGAUUCAGCAGCCUAUAACUUCUUCGCAGCUGCUGAUGACAGGAGCACUCUGGAAGCAGCGGUUAUACUGUGCCAUGAAAAUGGGUCUCCAAUGCCUGAUGGUUAUGAAGACCAAAUAGUUCCACAGGAUGCCAGUGCUGUAAUGUCACAAGACAGAGAUUUAUCAAACGUUGACACCUAUGGCUCUAGCAGUGCGAUGCCCAGAAAGGAUUUAGGAACCUUCAAAGUUCAGGCAAUUGCUGGAGGAGCUAUUUCCAAUAAACUUGAUGAUUGUCUGUGUUUGAAAGAUGAACUUCUAUACAAGGGCAGCGGAGAAACCAUGGACAAUACAGAAUGGAACAACUGGCAUUCCCAGGAUGUCACUGAAGUUGCAGACAGCUCUGGCCUGGGAGAAGGAGACGAAUGGCAUCUAUCACUCACAUCAGCAACUGCCUCAACAUCUGGAGAGGCAGAAGGACUGGAGGAGAAGGAGAAUGGGCAGAAAAAAGGGGCAGAUAGGCAGGAGGAAGGGGUAGAUAUUCCCUCAGAAUUGCUGACGGAGGGUGUGGACAGGCAAAGAGAGGGGCCAGAUUAUUCCUCAGACAGCCUGAAAGAGGAUGAAGACAGUCCCUCAGAUGUGCUGAAGGAAGGGGUGAAUGGGCAGGAGGAAGGGACAGACAGUCCCUCAGACGUGCUGAAGGAAGAGACAAAUGGGCAGGAUGAAGGGGUAGACAUUCCCUCAGAUGUACUGAAGGGAGGGGUAGAUGGGCAGGAGGAGGAGAAGGAGGCAGACAGGUUGGAGGAGGGGACAGAUGGACAGAAGGAGGGGGCAGACAGUUCCUCAGACAUGCUAAAGGAGGGGAUGGUUGGGCAGAAGGAAGAAUUAGACAGUUCACUGGAAGAGGAGGUAGACAAACAGGAGGAGGAGGGGGCAGACAGCAUACCAGAUAGGCUGGAAGAGGGGGCAGACCAGCAGAAGGAAGGGGGGGAUGGGCAGAAGGAAGGGGCAGACAGUCACUCAGACAUGCUGAAGGAGGAGCUGUAUGGGCAGGUGGAAGGGACAGCCAGCUCCCCAGGUGGGCCAGGAGAGGGGGCAGGUAGACAGGAGGAGAAGGGGGAAGGGCCAGAUGGACAGGAGGGGAUGGGGGAGGGGCCAGACAGGCAGGAAGAGAAGGAGGAGGGGGCAGGCAAACAGGAAGAUGAAGAGGAGGGGGCAGGCAAACAGGAAGACGAAGAGGAGGGGGCAGGCAAACAGGAAGAAGAGGAGAAAGGGCCAGAUGGUCAAGAGGAGGAGGAGGAGCCUGAGCCAGAGCCACCAGACAGACUAAAUGAUGAGGCAGACAGGCAGGAGGAGGAGCGGGCAGAUAGACAAGAGAAAGGAGCAGACGGCUCCCCAGACUGGCUAGAAGAGGGGGUAGACAGACAAGAGGAGGGAGUAGAUGAACAGGAUGAGGGGGCAGACAUUGCCUCAAAUAGACAGGAGGAGGAGGAAGCAGACAGCUCUCCAGAUGAAACUGACAUGCUUAUUUAUGAAGCGUUGUUACCAAGUGCCUGUAGGCCUGCUGCACCAGGCAGUCUGGAUGCCACAGCCAGUCCCACAGGCAAUCUGGAGUGGGUUAGAGAAUUAGUGGGAUCACCUGUGACAAUGAGUGGUGAAGGGAGGUGCAGAGUUGGUGACAAAGCAAAGGGGUCUGUUGUUGGUGAGGAAGUGUCUUGUAUUAGUGAGGAGGACGAGAUGUCUGCUGUUGCCCAUAAAUUAGAGGAGGAAUUGGUUGGAUGUGUCCCAGGGGUGGAGGGCUGGAUCUUAGAAACUGAAGGCGAUGAGGAGGGAGUUAAGAGAAGGGUCCUCACUGAUGUCAGUGCAGAGGACAUUUCUUCCGUAGCUCACUGUGCGAUAGGGUUCACUUCACGAGUUAAAUGUGGAGCCACACUGAGGCGAGAUACAGAGGCAGACACAUUACCAGGUGACGAUCUGAGUCUGGUUGGUGACCUGGCUGGGAAAGCUGUUGCAGAAUGGAAAAAAGCAAGAACCAGAACGCAGUCACUGAGUGCACAGGUGCCUGAGACGGUUCCUGAGGAGACAGAUCUAAUACCUGUGGAAGGGCAGAGCUCUAAGAAAAGGCAGGAGCCAUUUGAAAAUACAAUGCUCACUGCCAGCCACAAGUAUUUCAUGUUUUAUCCCCGCUCGUACUCUGUCACGGGCCGAGAACUUCCUGUUUGUGCUGACCGGGAAAUGGAGGGGUCACUUUUAGAAGACAGCAGAUUGAACAGGAAGGAAGACAACCUGUCUCUACCAAGUGUUGCUGUAUCUGACCAGAGGCACAUUGCCACCCCUGGUGCUUCUCCACCCAGUUCAAUGCUGGACAUCCCUGCUCCUUUCCAACUGGCAAGCAUCACCAAAAAACCCAUCACCAAAAGUUCACCAUCAGUUUUAGUUGAAACGGACUCUCCGGAUAAAUACUUUAAGCAGAGUACAAAGAAAAAGUCAUCUUUCAAGCGUUUUUUACCAAUUAAACUGUCACUUAAGAAGAAGAUUGAAAACAGGAUUACAGUUGAGGUUAAUGUCUGCAAGACUGUGUCUGAGGCAGCCAGAGCCUUGGAUUUUGACAGGAGGAGUUUGGGAAACUCGCCACAAUUGAAAGCUCGAUCUGGAAAGAUGCGUAAAUCAGAUUCUUCAUCCGCCUUUUUAUUUUACAAGGACGGCAAAGGAAAAGGAAUGCCCAGACCCUUCAGCAGAAGUGUGUCCAGAGUCGAAUCUUUUGAAGACAGAUCUCGACACUCAUACACAUCACUUCCUCUGACCAAGCCCAGAUCCAUUUCCUUCCCCAACACAGACUCCUCUGAUUAUGAGAACAUUCCGGCUGUGAGCUCAGAUUAUGAAAAUAUACAAAUCCCUCCCAACAGGAUUGGCCAUUUAGGGACUGUCACAGAUUUCUUUGAAGAUCCCAGGAGAAAUUUCUCUUCGGCGUGUGAAAAUGAUGGUUAUGUAGACAUGAGCAGCUUUACUCCGUUGGACAACAGGCAGGCAUCAGAGCAGGAGCUGGAAAGUGUGGACAGUGAGGUCCUGGCAUUGCGUCAGUCCCAUGAGGAGAUGGCCUCCAGUGAGCAGACGGGAAACAGUUCCGAGUCGGAGGAGCUGACUACACAGAGUAACACAGAAAUUAAAGGAUAUCACAUUGCAAAAAUGAUGACCACUUCAGAGAGAGCGUUUGUGAGUCUUCUUCAGGACCUACACUUGAACUUCAGAGAGGUGGUCACAAGGAUCAUGGAUAGUAAUGGACAGCUGCUGGUUGACCAAGAAGGAGUGACCCAUACCCUGCAUCUCAUUAAUGAGUUGCACACACUUCACCGUGAGAUACUGAGAGAGCUGGAACGAAGCACCCUGGAGUGGGAUCAGACUGGGCCAAGUUUGGGUUGUGCAUUGUCAAGAUAUGGACCCAGAUUGAGCAUAUACUUCAGAUAUAUUGAGCAGUUUGACAGCAGUAUUGCCUUUCUGGAAGAGAGCUGCUGGAAGGCACCUGGAAUCUCCACUGCUCCCCUGCGGUCUGAGGUGCCUGCCUCAGAGUGUGCCCAUGUGAAGCAGCAGCUCUUCAGGACCCUCCGGCAAGUGUCACUCUACCAUCAUCACCUAACAGAUUAUUUAAAGUAUUUGUGUCCAGACACUGCUGAAUAUGAAGACACGAAAGCUGUGUUGGUUGUCGUGGAUGAAGUUUGUGACCAGGUCCAGCUGAGUGUGAAACACGGAGAGAGCUUUCAGAAACUGCUUGACAUUGAGCACCGAGUGAAGGGCUUCCAUCAGGGUUUCCAGUCCGAUAGGGUGUUUAUCAAAGAGGGUCGUCUACUGAGACUGACUGAUGGAGCCAUGCAGCCUCGAUACUGCUUCCUGCUGAGCGAUAUGUUGCUGUAUACGGUGCCAAGACGUGGUGGCAAAUGUCAGCUACGGAAGGUCCUGCCACUGGAAACCCUAAAGGUGAGGAAGCUCUGUGCUGACACGGUGGAGAAUGUGCUCAGGAUCCAAGGUGUACAUGGAUCGCUCACCCUUUGUGCAAGCUCUGCUCAAGACUGCGACGAUUGGGUGUCUGCACUCAGCACCGCCGUGGAGGAUCUACGGGUUGUACAACUUGCGCUGGCCCUACCAGAGGAGCCCGAGGUGAACAGUUGCCUGGGAAGCACAGCGCCUGUGCUCAUCCCUGCUUCCCAUGUGCUGAUGUGUAUGCUGUGCUCAGCUGGUUUCACCCUCCCAUGGAGUCGCCUGCAUUGUAACACUUGUGGGAAGGUUGUUUGUCGAACAUGCUGCAGGAACAAAUAUCCACUUGGCUAUCUGAAGGGCAGGCUGGCUCGGGUAUGUGAUCAGUGUCACAAACAGCUGCAGAGGACAGGCUCCCAGAAGGAAGAGAUCCUUCAGCCACCACUGGCUCACUCACCCACCAAGCGCUUCUCCAUGUUCAACAUUCUUCACACACCACACACUGGCAAACAGAGGACAAAACAAGUGGCUUGGCGAGAGACAGCAAGCUCACAUGAAGGGGUGUCAAUGAGCGGCGAUCUUCAGAGACGGAAAGCGAGUAGACGGCAAUGGAAGAAGCUUUGGUUUGUCAUACAUGAUAAGGUGUUGUACACGUACAGGAGUAGAGAGGACAAAGUUGCUGCAGAGACUUUGCCUCUCCUUGGCUUCACCAUCAAACAGUGGAAGGAUGGGGAGUCCUCUGCACCCAGUGCAGAGUUUCAGCUCUACCAUAAGACCAGCCUUUACUAUUCUUUCAAAGCUGAGGAUAUCCACACAGCACAGAGGUGGAUUGAAGCCAUGCUUGAUGCAUCUGUCUUAUAGCAACCAAGGUGCCUCCUCGCAUUGAGACACUCCUUACUUGUUUGAUACAUCAGUAGCAGUGCAAUGGGACCACUGUGAUCCACUGAUGUGCUCGAGUAUCUUUACAUUUCAAGAUGAUUCUUCAUUGAAUGUAUCUGAUGGAGAAUGAUUGGAGUUGUGUACAUCUGCUGAUGUCCAGUGUUCCACACAGCCUGUCAACUACAGGACCAUUUUAACAUUUUGCUGCUUUUCUGAUUGAAUUGUCCUAUCCUGAGCUGGGUUAUUUUGUGGAGUGGGUGACGAUGGUAUCGACACAGAUCCCUGGAUAGAUCAAUUUAUUAAGUACUGUAAACCCUCGAGGUCUGAUUUAAAAUGCCCUUACAGGCACUUGACGUCCUCAACAGAAACGCUAUAGUGUGAAGGUGUGCUGAGCAAGAAUAGAUUAAAGAUCUGCAUUAUUCAUGUUCAGAAAUAGAGUACAUUGAAGGUCAAACUGGGAUUAUUAUUUUUGAUUAAUCACAAGGAGAGUGGAUGCUUUCUAGUGAUUUUCAACCCAGUGUUGUGCAUGGAUUGGGACUUUUCAGGUGGUGUCAUUAUUUGGGAGCACUGUCUUUCACUCCUACGUUUUCUAGUGAAACAUUUGAUGAGAAUUAUUUGAGAUAAAUACAGCCUAAUGGAAAUCUAUGUAUAAACUCAGUGGUGCAGUGGUGUGUAUGUGCAUGCGUGCGCGCGUCCCAUUUGUGAACCAAUGGAAAUCUGAAGUGAAGUCCUGUUGCCAGAAAGAAGACAACAUGCUUGACGACAACCUCAUAUUGAUUCACAGCAACACAGUUUUCAAACCUGCAACACUUUGUUGGAAAUUAAAGGUGGGCCAGAGUGGUGAGAUGUAGGGUCCUUUGGGAAAGGUGAGGGUGGAGAUGAGGUAGAAGAUGAAGAGUGUUCCAAUGGUAGAAGCUGAGCUUAGCUGUAGAAGUUGCUUGUGUGCUAGUGAACAAGAUAGAAAUCAUUUUACAGAUUUUCUGCCUGAAUGUACACUUGCAGAGUCCCUGAAGAUAGAAUGAAUGUCACAGAAAACAAAUUAUAUGUACUAUGUGCUGAAUGUAAUUCCACGAUCAUACACAGGCUGAAGGUGAUGCCUGAUGAACUUAACAUUUCGUUUAAAAUGGCCCUAAA